AUGCCUGAACCUCGAAAAGUGGGCGUUUGGACGGAAGGUACACCAUUUCAAACAAAAGAUCUCAUCAUUCCAAAACAGUCGCCUGAAUCGCUUGACGAAAUACCAACGCUUCCGGAUUUAGAUGAUCUGCAGGAUAUUCUAGAGAAAGAGAUUUCAAAACCUCCUGUCUCAUCAAAAAAAGAUACAGAGACAGCUAAUACAUUAGUGGAGGUCGGCAGCGGAAUUACUGGUUCAGUUGAAGGCAUUGAAGCAGCAUUGGAAGUACUCAAGUCGUACAUGCCUCAAGAGGUAGACUCCCCUGACACUGUGUGGACAAUAGAAUCCCUCUUAAUACAGCUCUCUGAAGAAAAUGAUUAUUAA